AUGGCUGUCCGAAGAAAGAAUGUGGUUUUCUUUAUUGAUCGAAAGGACGACAUCCAGUUUAAUUUGCCUUAUUUGAUAGAUUUUGAUUAUCGUAGGCUCUGGAAUACCUACGACGAGCGGGAAUUCUCCGCUGACGAACAAAGGUUGUACCGCCAUCCAAACGCCAGGAAGGUCCCCUCUGUAGACACGCAGGAGGCAUUAGGCAACCCGGGAUGCUACGUGAAGGCGUAUGAUAUAUAUUCUAUGGGCGUAGUGCUGUUAGAGAUUGGGCUCUUCGCAACAACAGCUAAGAUUGUUCGGAAAGAUAGUGAAUCUAACAGGCUAGGGUCGGAAGAAAUCCGCAAAAUUUUGAUAGAGCAUGCCAUCCCAAACUUGCGCUUUACUAUAAGCGACGUAUACGCGAAUGCCGUCUUGGCUUGCCUCGAUGGCUCGCUAGACAAGUUUUCUAAUCAAUCGCUACAUCAGGCUUUCUAUCAAAAGUAG